CUCAUAAUCAUUCUGCUCCUGGGGUCGUAUGAAUAAUAUGCUAGGAAUAUUGGGGUGGUGUCAAGUAUAUAUAGGACAGGUUGUGGGACAAGUUAUUUAUCGCUUCUCAUCUUGUACUGCUAUCGAUCAUUGGAAAAUAACCACCAUAUCUGGACGUACAGGAAUACUCUUCGCAAAAUGCUCCUCAAGUAUUCAAUCUACUACAUAGCCCUGCUCGUCCUUGCAAUCGCCGUCGUAGCAAAGCCGCAAUGUGAUCCGAACAAAAUCAAAAGUCUCGAUCUCCGUGACAUGUCAACUACCGAGGAGACGAACAAUGUCGAGGCAAGAGACACAAACGAGGAUUGGGAUACCGUCACAACUUAUACCUUGGACGACGACGAGGAUAGCAAUGUCCAAGACAAGACGGAUGCCGAUGCGAUUAAUCCUCUCGCCCCGAGCCACUGCUCCAACUGUGCCAAAAUUAAGAAGGCGAAGCCAAAGUAUAAGGGAAAAUGUGAUCCCAAAAACAGUUUGGGUUGGAAGUCCUCUCAUAACUGUAAAGGGACCAGCUAUCUGUGUGUGCAGAGCGGGAAGGCUACGUGUUAUGGGCGGCCGCUGUCUAAGUUGAACUUUGAGAAUGGGGAGUGUUUCAAAUAAAGGUGGAUUGAUAGGAGGUUUAACAACUGGUAUGGAUGAUGUAGCAUAUUCAACAUAUGCUUAUUGGGUAUCAGUAGCUAUUGUGCUAUCUUGUCUGAGGCAUUGGAUACAGCUGGUAAUCUCUUUUAGGAUGAGCUUUGGCGCGACUGU